UCUCAUUAUCCAUUCAAAGCUUCAACUUCGUGUAAAAAGAAACAGCCUUCCUCAACCUCUCAACCAAGAAAAGAAUGAAGAGUUUGCACUUGUGCAGCAGUAGCCUCACCUUUCCUCCAUUACUACACCUCCAUCCUCACCUAAUCAUCAGCACUUCAGAAGAAAAUAGGAAGCAACACAGAGGAAGGGAUCUCACACUACAUGCAGCAAGAUCUGGUGGCUUCUCAUUGAAUUCAAUAACAAACAGGUGCAAAACAUGUAAAGGCCAAGGUGCAAUAGAAUGUCCGGGGUGUAAGGGAACAGGAAAGAACAAGAAGAAUGGCAACAUUUUUGAGCGAUGGAAGUGCUUUGAGUGCCAAGGAUUCGGGCUCAAGAGUUGUCCUGUUUGCGGCAAAGGAGGAUUGACACCAGAACAACGCGGUGAAAGAUGAACUAAACAUUUUGUCAGGCACUCAACAUUUCUGAAAAUCAGCCAACCUUUAUUUUAUUUUACAACAUAAGUGUGUUACUAGUAGUUCAUGAUAUAUAUGUAGCAUGAACAACAUCGGGCACAGUGGUGAGCUUUAUGUUUAAGUACAUGAUCAUGGUUUGAACUGUAUCCAGAA